UAUUCUAAAUCUAUUUCUGUGCCUUUAAAUGUAGAUGAAAAAAAUUGUUUGUGUCCAAUUCAAAAUGGAAAUAGGGGAUAAAAAUACAAAUCUAUGGUGUACAAAACUAAAGUGGACCCCGUUCUUGAGACAGAUCAACGUCUGCUUUACACUAUGGGGUCUAUUUUUCGUUUCCGGUUUUACCGUUGGGACUCCCACAGUAGUCAUUCCUCAGCUUAUAAGGGAGGCUAACUCCACUAGCGCCGUCAGCGAGUCUAUGCAUUCUUGGAUCGGUUCAGUAGUCGGCUUCUCAGGAGCCUGUUUCUCUUUUAUUUAUACAUUUACCGCACACUUCUUUGGGCGACAGAAAACAAUGCUCGUCACAUCGGCCAUCACGUUUGUGGCAUCUGCAUUCCUCUACUUCAGCACCACCGCCAUACACGUGUUCUACAGCCAAAUGCUAUACGGGAAUGUAACUGGGGCAGCGUUUACAGUCUUCCCGUUGAUAUUCACAGAAUAUUCAUCUACAAAAUACCGUGGAAUCUUUCUUACUCUCAAAUGUGCAACUUUUUUUUGGGGAAUUUGGACUGCAAAUGUUAUCGGUAUAUUCUCCCAUUUUAAAUAUAUCGGCUUAGUUGGGAUCAUUAUUUCGUUAAGCUGCUUCAUAAGUUCCUAUUUCCUGCCGGAAUCCCCUUACUGGUUGGCUUUUAAUAGCAAAUUUGACGAGUGUAUAAUCACUCACAGAUUAUUAAAAGGGGAAGACGAAAACGCAGAAAAAGAAUUAAGCGAUCUGAUAUUUAAACUUAAAAAGAGAAUACAAGAUAAAAAACCGAAAAUUUUCGUACAAAAAUAUUUUUUCAAUUACGUGAAGAUAAUACGGCAACCAGGGUUUUAUAAGCCAAUCGCAAUCAGCUCGCUGGUGUUUUUGAUUUAUCAUUUGUCAGGCAAGUUGGCGUGCGCCGUGUACGCCAUCGAGCUGAUGAAGAAGCUGACCGGCGGCGAGGCGUCCGCGCACGUCGGCGUGCUACUGCUAUAUGGUGCCAGCGUGCUUGGCAUGUACGCCGGGAGCGCCGCGUCCAGGGUCCUUCCUCGGCGGACGAUGCUAUUUGCGACCUCGACAGUAGGCGUGGGCUUUUUAUUUUCCAUGGCUAUUUAUUUGUUUCUAGCCAAACUAUCUGUUAUAUCGGAAAACCCAUACGUCAUAACUGUUUUACUAGUAGGCUAUUCCCUGGCAAUAUGCUGUGGUCCUGCCAUCAUGGUGACUACCAUAACGGGAGAGUUAGUACCGAUGACGGCUAGAAGUUUUAGUGUUUCUGUGUCGGCUGCACUGUGCACCACGUAUUAUGGCGUGAUAAUAAAAACUGCACCAUUAAUGUUUAAAUAUUUCGAUAUUCACGGAUCUUUUUUGGCGUUUGGUGUUAGUUGUUCUGUGUGUAUUAUGCUGGCAUAUAAAUAUCUACCUGAAACGAAAGAUAAAAGUUUAUACGAGAUAGCAGCGCUAUUUGAGGAACCGAAAGAAGAAAUGGCAGAAAUCAAACUCUUACAAAAUACAGCACCUAAAAAUUAACAAUUUAGCUCAACAACGAUCAACUAAAUUGCUCC